AUGGCAGAACGUGGAAGACGUGCUCAUCGACAAGAUCGUAGAAACGCCGACCGAGGCAACGAAGACUAUCGACGCGAUCCACGUGACAUCGAAGAGAUUGCUCGACAGCAGCAACGGAUCCGGGAUCUGGAAUUGCAGCAGGAGCCGCGUUUCGGUGAAGAUACGGACACGGACCGGGACAUCUGGGAUGACGGGACCGGGUACCAAGACUACAACCCUUUUGCUCGACAAGGACUGGGGAACCCCUUCGAUCAGCGGGAACCACAGCCCGACCCUCUGCGAAGCUUAGGGAUCAAGAUUGAAAUCCCUGAGUUUGAUGGCAAGAUGCAACCGGAUGAAUUCCUUGACUGGCUCCAUACGGUCGAGCGGAUUUUUGACCUUCGCGACAUCCCCGACAGGUUCAAGGUAAAACUAGUAGCUAUAAAACUUCGCAAGUAUGCGUCAUUAUGGUGGGAACAUGUCAAGAAAAAGAGGUCUCAAGAGGGGCGAUCUCGGGUUACAACUUGGGAGAAGAUGAGGAAGUUGUUACGUGAGAAAUUUUUGCCACCCAACUAUCGCCAAGAGGCUUUCUUGGAUUAUCAUAACCAUUCCCAACAGUCAACAACUGUUGAGGAAUUAAUUGCUGAUUUUGACAGGUUAAGAAUGCGAUGCGGUGCGGAGGAAGAAGAAGAAGAACAGGUCAUCGCCCGGUUCUUCGGAGCCCUGCGACCAGAGAUAGCUGAUAUUGUCCAAUUACAACCUUACUGGACCUUUGCUGAUGUUUGUCAAUUGGCUUUAAAGGUAGAAAAACAACUCAGAUCCAAAGGGAAGAUACCUGCGAAGACCAGCCCAUUCAAACCCGAGGUGUCGCGCGGCCCAAUCAAAGCCGAGGCGCCCCGGCCUGCUACCAACACCCCCACAGGCAGCCGGUCUGGUCCUGCCAAAUCUGAAACAACAACUAACAAUCCCACAGGACCUUCUCGAGCACCGCGAUGUUUUAAAUGUGGAGGGUUAGGACAUUUUGCGCGUGAAUGCGCCAACACCCAGUUAGUCACCCUCACAGAAGACUCACCACCGGUAUAUGAUACAGAGGAAGAUCAAGACGGGAACGAACCAGAAAUUAUAUAUCCUGAUAGGGGCGAGGCCUUGAUUGCUCAGCGGAUACUCAGCGUCACACCCGACAAGACCGUUAAUGACACACUCUGGCUCCGUAAUAACAUCUUUAGAACUCGUUGCACCGCCAAGGGUAAAGUAUGUACGGUCAUUAUUGAUGGGGGGAGUUGUGAGAACAUGAUAGCGACGACAAUGGUGGAAAAAUUAGGUCUACAAACCGAGCCUCACCCCGACCCGUAUCAGUUAACUUGGUUAAAAAAAGGCAAUGUUGUGAAGGUGACUCAGCGAUGCUUAGUUCAGUUUAGCAUUGGCUCUAAAUAUUCCGAUGAGGUGUGGUGCGAAGUCAUUCCUAUGGACGCAUGUCACCUCUUAUUGGGACGGCCGUGGCAGUAUGAUAGGCGGACCUGUCAUGAUGGUUUCCAAAAUACUUACUCGUUCAAAAAAAAUGGCGUGAGCAUACUGUUGGCUCCUUUGGACACCCGUGAGACUGGAACUGAGGCGUUAGUUCUUAACCGUUCGGCCUUUUUGGACUUUAUCUAG